AAACGCCUGCUUUUAGUGUCAGGUUUCCUCAUCUGCCAACGACUUUAGGUUUCCUCAUCUGCCAACGACUUUGGUGCGUAAAUCCUCUGUCACGAUGUUGUCGACAAUAAAGAAGAUAGAAAUUACUUAUAACUCCAUCAAUGCCAGCAAUACGUUUACAAACGGAGACAUUGUUUCUGGUCAUGUUUCGGUGGAAGUGGCCAAGGAUUGCCAGAUCAGCUCCUUCUACAUCAAGUUUAAGGGGAAAGCUGACGUCUUGUGGUCGGAGAGGCACGGUCAGACCACCCACGUCUACCACUCCAAAGAUAAGUACUUCAGCGUGCGGCAGUACUUCAUCACAGACCCAAACUGCAAGGAUGACCAGCAAACCUUGAUUACACACCAAAGUGGAGAAACUUACUCCAACGUUUUGCCUCCAGGAAUCCAUGUGUACCCAUUCUCCUUUCAGUUCCCUCUCCAGAAUAUUCCUUCCUCCUUUAAAGGUGAAAACGGUAAAAUUGUGUACUUGCUGGAGGCUGCUUUGAGCAGGUCGAUGAGGAUGGACAGCAAAGAAUCAACCAUGAUCAACUUUGUGGGAAGAGGAGACCUGAACCCAGUUCCUGGAUUAAUGGAACCCCAACAUGAAUCUAAGGAUAAGAAAAUGAAACUGUUCACCUCAGGAACUGUUGCCAUGGAUGUAAAUCUUGAAAAGUCUGGCUUUUUCCAAGGGGAAGGAUUAAAAGUUAAGGCGUUCAUUAAGAACGAUUCAUCUCGUGAGAUCAAGCCCAAAUACUGCAUAUACCGGAAGCACAGCUUCUUUGCCAGUGGGAAGAGAAAAGUUCACACAAAAGACCUCAUUAAAGAGGUUGGGAGACCCAUCCCUCCUUCAGCCUCAGAAAACGUCACACAGGUUAUUGCCAUUCCUCAGGAUGUGGAGCCCUCCAUCCUCAACUGCAGCAUCAUCAAAGUAGAGCACAGACUCAGGGUCUACCUUGAUGUGAAAUACGCUUCAGACCCAGAGAUCAAAUUUAACAUCAUCAUCCUGCCGGCCCAUCAGGUCCCUGCUGUGGCAACAGCACCAACAGCUGCUUCUGACUUUGGAAUCGAGCCAUUUGGGAGCUAUGGAAAUCCUAACCCUCCCGUGUGGGGCUUUGGACCCCAACAACCAUCACCGGGGUAUCCACCUGCUGGUCCUCCUCCUUCUUAUGGGGCACAUGGAAUGUACCCUCCUCUGAAUGAAUUUGCUAAUAAAUAUUAAACACACCAAUUAAAUAUUAAAAGCAUAAUAUAUUGCUUUUAAAGAGGAGAAAGAUAAAACCAAAAAUAUAUAGCAAUUUUAUGUAGACAGAAAAAUGUAUCACUGUGCUUUCUAUUUAUAUUUGUAUAAAAAUGUAAACUGCACAGUGCCAUGCCUUAUAAUAAAUUAUGUCUUUUUAAUAAUCAUUGA